AUGCAACCUUAUCAGCUACCUUCAGAUGAGAUUCUGUCAUUUUAUCACCUUUAUCUGGACAAACGCAGUUGCUUCCGCUUGGUUGACUGCGAAGAUUCUCUUAUUGGUUUGACUUUCAAGACGAAGAAACCGUUUUCUGGAAGAGUUUACGUACAUGAGAUGGCAGGCGACGAAAAGUGUAGCAAAGCCUUCGUGGACAAUCGAAACCAAAGCAGGGGGUCGAAUCACCUAUUUUCAAAAAAAGAUAAUUUGAGGAUAUCUAUGCGCUUUAAAAAUGGUGACUGUACAAUGCAAAGGCAGAAAAUUUCUGGACAAAUUCAGGGAUUGAUCUCCUCUCUGGUCGUUGUUGUAUCUUUCCAUGGGACCUUCGUGACAAAAGCUGACCGAGCAUACAAGUGCAUCUGCUUUUUCCGAAGCCAGAAGACGCUGACUAACUCAAUCGGCAAAGGAAUAACAUUCUCUAGGAUAGGAGCAGUUGGAGAGAAAAUUUAUCAUGUAUGGCAGUGUGACUCCCCAACGACAAGAUUUCUUGUGCAUAGCUGUUCGGUUAGCGACGGUCUUGGAGAAAGGAUCGACUUAAUUGAUGUUGAUGGUUGCGCUAUCGACCCAGCUAUUCAGCCAGAUGUGCUUUACGAGAACGACAGUAAGGCUAUUGUAGAAGUCUACGGGUAUAAGUUUAGCGACGCAACUGUGUUAAACUAUGAAUGUGUGUUGGAGAUCUGUCGCUCAUCUCUAGAAUGCGAGGAAUUGACACCCCCAAAAUGCGCUAAGAGCCAUCCUGAAGAUAUAUUUCCUACUGAGUCACUAAGGCGAUCACGAGCUAUAGGCAAUAAAUUAUCUUUGCUUUCUUUUUGGAAAAGGAAACGAUUUACUUCAGCACACGAUUUGACAUAUAAGCGUGGACAAAUAGAAGUUGCUGCCACGCUCACUAUGGAGAAUAGUUUAGACGCAAGUGCUCUAAGAGCAAGAAAUGAUUUACCUACACCGGAUUAUCAGCAGGUACCGGUUUUUCUCCAGAAUAAUUAAUA